GCUGCCCUCUGGCGUCGAGAAAGUUCGGCACGGCGCGACGACAAGAACGAGCAACAUUAUGAUGUGCCUUUUAAACGUUUUCGGUAAUGUAUCAUUUCGUGUAAAAACCGUGAAACUUUCCAAGUGAUCAUUCUUACGUCCCGCGGAGAACUACAUAAGAGAAACGUGCGGACGCGUAAUAUAAUUGGAUUCUCCUUUUCGUACCUUGCCGUUUGGAGACGCGAGAGACAACCAAGCGAGCCUAACCUCAACCAAGUGCUCAACAAUGAUGCUUAACUUCGAUUGUCGAGAUCAUAACUGGGGCAUAGAGUCAUCAUGAAGAAUCUAACUUCCAAGCAGUUAACCAGGAUCGAAAAGAAGAAGAAGAAAAUGGCAGCUCUUCUUGAGAUCACCAAGUUGAAUGAUAAAGACAGGAAGGCAAAGAUCAUUCUAAAGAAAGAUGAUAUGGAGCAGGUGAGUGACACAGAGGAAGCAUCAAGGCGUAAGCGGCCUUGUGAUAAGGAUGCUAAGCAGGAUUUAGAUGAGACAGAGAAGGAGGAGAGCUUGGAAACCGAAGCUGUUGCGAAUAAGAAGCCUAGAUUAAGUGGAGAGGAGUACCUGAAACUAAAACAGGAACUGAGAGCGCGUAAGAAAAAGCUGACGGCAUUGCCAAGAUUCCAAUUGAAGGCAGUAGGCGAGAGCGCUAGCUUGAAAGUUAAUCUGAACAGUGAAGACAGGAUACCGAUUUUCUUGACCGAUGUCCAGCAUCUUUUGCUGUACUCUUUACACGGCCACCACUCACCUUACUUACCUACCAGGUGGUGCCAGCUUGAGAAGUACAACAAGGUUCCUCAUACCGUCGUCUUGGUAGUGGAAGGACUGUCUCUCUACCACUUCGUCGCGUACGAGAGCAUGUUCCGUCACAUAUCAACGAAGCUGGAGCAUCAGGUCGAAGUGGUAACGCCGUGCGCCUACGGCGGCUCCGUAAUCGAGGAUUUAGCCGCUGUUCCCAUCACUGGAGUUCAGUGCGACAAGCUCUUAAAACAGUACGGAUCUCUGGAAGCAGCAUUGAGGAGCACGGGAGACGUGAUUAAACUGUUAAGGGCUGUCUUCCCGGUACAGGAGAACGUCCACACGGACGUCGAGACUUCGCACAAGCUGCCUGUUACCGACAAAUUCUCCAGGACAAGAUUACUGUUAUCGUUGUGCCAAAUGGUGGAGGAAAACUAUCCUGUGCCUUUGAAAGGAGAACUGGCAAAGAAGUACGGCAGUUAUUUGAUGACGAAGGACUCUUAUAUAGAAGCCAGCGCGGUGUCCCCGAUGUUCGGCCUCGACUGCGAGAUGUGUAAGACGACCACUGGCGAGUUGGAAUUAACCAGAAUAUCCUUAGUCGACGAGGACAUGAAAAUUGUUUACGACAGUCUGGUGAGGCCGGCUAACCCGAUCACAGAUUAUCUGACGAGGUUCAGUGGUAUUACUAAGGAAAUGCUUCAAGACGUGACUACUAGCCUCGCGGACGUGCAACAAACACUGAGGCAGUUACUGCCUCCAGACGCAAUCCUCGUUGGCCAGAGCUUGAACUCCGACUUGCACACGCUCCGGAUGAUGCAUCCUUAUAUUAUCGACACGUCUGUUAUAUUCAACAUCACCGGGGACAGAUAUAGGAAGACGAAGUUGCAGACGUUGGUAAGAGAGUUCCUGGGCGAGAGGAUUCAAGAAAGCAACUCCGGGCACUGUUCCACAGAGGAUUCAUUGGCAUCGAUGAAGCUGGUGCAGUUGAAACUGGCGAACAGCGUUGAUUACGGAGAUGCCGUAUUACUCGGUCGCUGCGACAUGCGCGCGUUAAAACUGGAGGAGAACGGGAAGAUAAAGAAUGACUUGAAGAAAUAUGCGACGUCGAUCUUUAAACAUGUGACCAGGGACAAGAAAACUGCUGCUAUCGUCGGAGUUACUGACGUAAUUCAAGAAUAUUCGAAAUAUCUGACGGAUUCCGUCGCUGUUAUGGAUGAUACGCAUUUCGAUAAAGAUGAUCAGGUUCGAUUAGUAGUCACAGAUAACAGCAAGCAAGCCGUGACUAGAGCGUCGCAGAUCGCUAUGGAACACGCGUUCACGUUGUGCCACUUACGCGUUGAUGACGACCGGCUCUCUACCGAUGAAAAGCUUUCGAAGGCAUUUCGCAACGUAAAUAAAUGGGUGUCGAAGUUGUGGCAGCACACGGCCGUGAACGGCUUGGUUUGCGUGAUAUUCACCGGCGAACGGGAGAAGCGAACGUCGAACGGCGCCUGUUUUGUCAAUUUAAAACGUGAGCUCGAUAAUAAUUCUGUACAGGAUUCCUAA